AUGGCCGCCUACAUCGUCGCCGCGGCCCGCACGGCCACGGGCAAGCAGCGCGGCGCGCUGCGCAACGCCCACCCGGCGACGCUCAGCGCCGCCGUCAUCGACCACAUCCUCGCGUCGCUGCCCUCGCUGGACCCGGCGGACGUCGACGACGUCAUCCUGGGCUGCGUGUCCCAGUGCCAGGAGCAGGGCGGCAACAUCGCGCGCCACGCCGUGCUCUCGUCGACGCUGCCCAUCAGCGUGCCCGGCGCGACGAUCGACCGCCAGUGCGGCUCGUCGCAGCAGGCGAUCCACUUCGCGGCGCAGGCCGUCAUGUCCGGCACGCAGGACAUCGUCGUCGCGGGCGGCGUCGAGUCGAUGACGCGCGUCCCCAUGUUCUCCAACAUGCCCGGCGACAAGGGCGGGCCCGUCGACGCGGCGAUCGCGGCCAAGUUCUCCACCAAAGCGCCCUUCUUCUCGCAGUUCGUGGGCGCGGAGAUGAUGGGCGUCGAGUUCGGCGUCCGCCGCGACGAGAUGGACGCCUUCGCGGCGCGGUCCCACGCGCGCGCGGCCGCGGCCCAGGCCGCGGGCGUCUUCGACGGCGAGAUCGUGCCCGUCGAGGGCGUCGACACGGAGGGCGCCGCCGUCGCGCACGCGAAGGACGAGGGCGUCCGCGCGGGCACGACGGCCGAGAAGCUCGGCUCGCUCGACACGCUCGUCGAGCUCGGCGUCGCCACGGCCGUCGCCGGCGGGCCCGAGCGCGGCGCCAUCACGGCGGGCAACGCGUCGCAGAUCUCCGACGGCGCGGCCGCGCUCCUCGUCGUCAACGACGCGGGCCUCAAGAAGCUCGGGAGCGCCGCGACGCCCCUCGCGCGCGUCCACUCCCUCGCCGUCGCCGCCAACGACCCCGUGCUCAUGCUCUCGGCGCCGAUCCCGGCCACGGAGAAGCUCCUCGCGCGCGCGGGCGUCGCCAUCGGCGACGUCGACGUCUACGAGGUCAACGAGGCCUUCGCCGUCGUGCCCAUGGCCUGGGCGAAGCGCUGCGGCGCCGACGAGGCCAAGCUCAACAUCCACGGCGGCGCCUGCGCGCUGGGCCACCCGCUCGGCGCGACGGGCGCCAAACUCGCGACGACGCUCGUCCACACGCUCCAGCGCGAGGAGAAGCGCUUCGGCCUGCUCGCCAUCUGCGAGGGCGCGGGCACGGCCAACGCGACGCUCUUCGAGCGCUGCUGA